AUGAAUAUGUCUCCUCUCAAAAGAGAAUACUUGCCACCCCCACUUUCACCAAGUCCUGUUUUGGAUAUAAGCGAUGAUGAGUUGGUUACGAUAUCUGUACGUGAUUUGAACCGUCAACUGAAGAUGCGUGGAUUGACUAGAGAUCAGAUAGUACGCAUGAAACAGCGCAGACGAACAUUGAAAAAUCGGGGAUAUGCUGCUAGUUGCCGUAUCAAGAGAAUCGAACAAAAAGAUGAACUAGAAACAGAAAAAUCUCAAGAAUAUCAAGAGCUAGAUGAUCUGCAACAUUCAAAUAAUAUGAUUAGAUCUGAAGUUGAAAAUACAGUCAGACAAUAUGAAAUGCUAAAAAGGUUUGCUGCAACUAAUAAAGUUAUGUUACCUCUAGAACUGCAAUCGUUAUAA